UCCCUGCCAGAAAGCACACCAAACAAAACCUUCAGCGUCCAGAGGAAAUUUGGAACAUUCCUUCCCGCAUCGGGCCCGCCAACGAAAUGAGCAGAAAAAAUGAGACGGAGCGGCAGAAGCAGAUACAGGAAAAGUGCCAGAUGCUGCUAACGAAGAUGCUGCGUGACGAUGACAACAAGUAUUGCGUUGAUUGUGAUGCGAAAGGACCGCGCUGGGCGUCCUGGAAUUUGGGCGUUUUCCUUUGCAUACGCUGUGCCGGUAUCCAUCGCAACCUGGGCGUGCACAUUAGCCGAGUGAAAUCGGUCAACCUGGACAGCUGGACACCGGAGCAGGUGGUAUCACUAGAGCAAAUGGGCAAUUCAAGGGCCCGUGCCGUAUACGAAGCUAUGAUACCGGACGGGUUCCGGCGGCCACAAACUGAUUCCGCCCUCGAAAGCUUUAUCCGGGCAAAGUACGAGCACAAGAAGUAUCUGGCACGUGAGUGGGUACCACCGCCUGCACCGAAGGUCGACUGGGACCGGGAGAUCGACGAAGAGAUCGAACGGCAAAAGCGCAAGAAAAAAGCUUCCUCUUCGGGUGGUGGCGGUAUCGGUUCGGUCAGUGGGACCCUUUCACUUUCGUCGCCGGCAGACAAGAAAGGCCAUGGUUCGACCGGUGCGUCACCUUCGUCGACCGGCUCAUCGAUGGCGGCUGUGCCAAAGCUGAAAGCACCUGCCAGCAGUAUGAAAUCGUCCAGCCGGACAUCGGGCGUGUCUUUGAAUACUUCCUCCUCCUCCUCCGCAACCGCCGCCGCAACAACCUCCGACGCUUCCACUGUCCAGUCGUCCAGUGGGUCCGGUAAUUCUGGUAAUACAAGCGCGGGAACUGAUCUGCUCGGACUGUCGCUGGGUGAAGGAACCACAUCGAUUAAUCAUAAUGGCGGUGUGAAUGCUAGUAAAACGGCCAACGGACUAUCAGCAACAGCCGGCAGCAAUGGGAUGGAUCUGCUCGAGCGCAAAAAUGCCGACACGGACGAUCUUGCAAAGGUUGAAGCGGACUUUUUCAAUCAAUCCGGCCCGGGCAAUGGAGUGGACGCUAGUGGUAAGCUUACGAAGGAUAAAAUUAUGGCCCUGUAUGGUUCGGCACCGAGCACGGUUGGACCGUCGGUUGGCAGUGGAUUCGGUGGUCCAGGGUUUGGUGGAUUCCAGCAAGCCGGUAGCACAUUUCCACCCGCUGCUAAUGCACCGGCCGCCACAGUACCGUUCAACGGUGGCAUGAUGCCAGCGAACGCAUUCGGUGCAUUCCAAACGUUCCCGGGGCUGAACGGUGUUCCCGGUGCCGGUGGACAAUAUCCCAUGAUGGGUGGUGGUGUGGCCCCACCACAGAUGGUGUACAACAAUGGAGGUGUGGUGGGUCCGAAUAUGAUGCCGGCCGGUUCCAUGUUUAACGCACAGCCAGGUGCUCCCCCUGCACAACCACACGGAAUGGUUCCUCCGUACGGUGCGAUGCCACAGUAUGGUGCGGGUUUUCCACCAAUGGUCGGUAUGCCGCAACAUGGACAAACAAUGCCCGCUGCAGCCGCAUUUGCUAACUUUCCUAAAACCGUCCCGCAGCAACAGCAACAGCAGCAGCAACAACAGCAGGACAAGCUAAGCAAUCAAUUCGGUACCAUGAAUCUGCGGGACGUGUGGCAAUAGAAAACAGAGGACAGUAGAGGCCUCAGCUAGGCCGGAUAACUUAUCUAUCUAUAUUCACCAGCAUCAUCAUCCUUCUCUGUCCCCCAAACUCGCCCCCCCCAUAACCCUCCCCCACGUCCGGCCAAAACAGUUUAACUAGCGAUGCAAAAUCGUACGUAGAAACUACGACUAAACUAUCAUAGUGAAGGUAAAGGCGAUGGUAGGGCAAUUACUUAUUUAGCUAAACGAAACAAGAAAGUAAAAGAAAAAAAAAUCUAUGAAAAGCAUAUAGAAUCACAAAUAUAUAUAUAUAUUGGUAGGAUAGUUUUGAUCGAGAUUGGACGGCAUAUCUGUCGAUUGUAGGCCAUACAUUUCGGAAUGAUAGUCCAUUGAAGCCCGAGACGCGAUUCUACGGGAACGCUCUUUUCUUCCUAGCUCGGUUGGCCUUUCGGUGCAGUUAGACUGGGUCAGAGAAAACAAAAAAUCACGGCACGUAUAUGAAUAGCGGUGGAAACUGCUGCAAGUAACACAGGGACAAGACAUUUACUAUAUGAAGAGAGACGGGCAAAUGCAACUAAGGAAAACUAUUUUCGACAAUGCGUAGUUAUCGUAAGGGUGACAUAAAGCGUGUGACCGCUGUUCAGGUAUAUAGGAAUGCAUUGGAACUGUUUGUUUCUAAGUUUGUUUGUUUGUGUUUUUUUUUUAAUUGCUACACUGCUAACUAAUGGAGACGUAUAUUAUGGUAUUAUAUUACAUCGCAAGUUGGAUGUUUGGCUGUGUGUGGCAGCAGCAGGUGCGCGAUCGUUCGUUGUAGACGAUACAUAUAUAUAUUUAGUAGAUAAACGGAAGCAAAGGAAGCAAACAAUUCUGUCAAUGAUACUAACCCAUGUGCAAGAAUCGUUAGGGUAAGGAUGCAAUCGUAAUCGUCUACGUAUACACCACACACUGGCACGUGGAGAGAAGGGAUAAAAAAAGGUGUGAAACCUGUGCGAAAGUGUAUGCAUAAGUUUUACGUCUUCUGAUGCUUUAAAAAAAAAAAGAAUUAUUUGUCUUCAAUUUCCUACAAUAUUGUAUCGUUACGGAACCAACACCCGGCUUUAGUUACUUAACUGAUUAGCUAACUGUAAACGUUUGUUGGUUCUGUCUGUUGUUAAGUUUCCUCACAACAAAAUGUUAUUAAAGUAUCACUUUAUCCCUCUUCUACUGUUGCUCUGGGAUCUUCAGAAGUGGCAUUUUAUUCCAAAGCUAUUGGUGUACUAUUUAAACCAUUACCUCCAUCUGUACGUCAAAGGUUUAAAGCUUAUGCAUACACUUAGUACACGUUGGCACAGCUGUGUGUGUAGAGUAUUCUAACGGAAUAUAGUAUAUGUAUGAGAUUUAAUAUAUGUAAUGAAGUGCUGACGAUGAUACAAGCAGGGAAGCUAAGCCCACAGCAGACCGUCUGGUAUAAUUGACUGCAACUCUACUGCAAUGCCCUCGUCAAUCGAACGCCACGUUUGUCGUGCUUGCGCGAGUGUAUUUGUACGGUGCGCAUGAACUGCAACAGUGUUGUAUUUAGUUGUCGGAAUAAAUCGAUCGAUUUCGAAACACUUA